CAAGGGAGGUAUCGUAUGGCCAUUAGGAUCUUGGGGAGUACUCUAUCAGCAUUUGUAGACAGAAUUAAGAGCGCGAGCGAGAUGAGCAAAGCAGCAGCCGCAGAUGAGUACCACUCCAAAGACUUCGAAUGGGAAAUGUUGAGACAACAAGUAGAGACUGACCUUUCUCUCUCCUACCAUAUCUCUCCUUUCCAACCAUCUCUUUCUCCGUCUUCUGGGGAUUCUCAAGCAUGGUCUCACUUCCACUCUCGUCAUUCCACUGGCAAAUUCUUCAAGGAAAGAAGGUAUUUACUUAAGGAAUUCCCGGAGCUUCUUUCUUCUGAAGAAAACUCCAAAGUAUUGGAGGUGGGAUGUGGUAAUGGAAGUACAGUUCUUCCGAUAUUGCGUGUAAAGGAGAGGACCCAUGUUUAUGCUUGUGAUUGUAGUGUUGAGGCGCUUGAGAGAGCUAAGGAAAAUUUAGAAUGCGCUGAUAUAGAACAUGUAAUGGAGCGUUUCCAUCCUUUCUGCUGCGAUUUCUCUACAACUGAAUUUCCAAAAUGGUUGGCAUGUGAUACAUGUCGGAACAAGCGAUUACAGAAGUUGCUUCAUCACAAUUCUGAAGUCAAUGGCACUGAAGGAACACUAAUCAAUCUGCCUUCCAUGAAAGAUAGUAGUUGUUGCCUUGGUGGAGUGGAUUUUGUCACAUUGGUUUUUACACUAUCUGCCAUUCCACCUGAGAGGAUGGUGGCAGCAGUCAAGGAAUGCUUUUCUGUCUUAAAGCCAGGUGGCAUGCUCUUUUUCAGAGAUUACGGAUUGUACGACAUGACCAUGCUUAGAUUUGAGCCAGAUAAAAGAGUGGGUUUUAGGCACUACAUGCGUGCUGACGGAACUCUUUCUUAUUUUUUUGAUCUGGAUGGUGGGAGGAAUCUUUUUCUUGGUGUUGGCUUCAUCGAGCUUGAGCUAGAAUAUUGUUGUGUGAAGUCAGUCAAUCGGCAAAAACGAAAGACCAUGAAAAGAGUGUGGGUUCAUGGCAAAUUUCAAAAGCCCUUGUGAUUUUGCAACUAAAAGUUCUGUUCGAACUUCAAAGGUUCCAAAUCCAUGAAAUGAGGCUCAAUUCGUUUCUACUCAACUGCUGAUUUCCUGCAAGGAGAACUAGAGGACUGUGAAACAACGGUUAUGGGAUUCUAUGGCCUACUCUAGACAGUUGGAAGUGCUAUUGUUGUUGUAACAACAUUUAGUUUUGCAUUGACUUAUACAAUAAAAUUAUAAGUCGACAAUGUAAAGUUCUUUUUCUGGUAGGUUCUAACUAGAUUUAACAUCUACAUAUUUUUCACUUCCAAUUUGAUAGUGUUUAUUGAUUUCUUGCUCACAAUCAGCCUUGUUCUCAA